AUGGCGUGCACUGAGUGUAAACGACGUCGGACAAAGUGCAAUGCCGCCGAUACAGCCGGUUCCGCUUGUUCUGAGUGUGCCCUGCACGGUCGUGAAUGUAUCGUGGACGAGUUUGCCGACAAACGUCGAAAAAUAGCAGCCAAGCGCACUGAAGAAACACUGAAGUACUAUCGUGGUUUUGUAGAUGAACUACUUGAGGCAAUCCGGACUGGCGAUAGUGCGAGCAUCGAGAUGAUGGUGGAUGUCAUCCGGUCGGGAGCUUCGCACAAGGAGAUCCACUCGGUCAUAACACGAAUCUUGAACCAGAACCCCACGGAUGACAAGAAGCCAGCAGAUGCAGUAAACAAUGCGAGAACUGAUGGCAAAAUGCCCGAUAUGCCCCCGGACGGAUGGCCAUAA